AUGGAGUGCGCGCGGACGGCGUGGUGUGCGACGCUGGCGCUGGCGGUGCUGGCGGCGGCCGGCCCGCGCUACAGCUCGCGCAUCGUGCACACUCACGCCGGAGCAAUCCGAGGAAUCAUAGUGGAGCCAGCAUCACGUCGUAUGGAGCCAGUGGAGGUGUUCCGGGGGGUGCCGUACGCCGGCAAGCCGCCGCGGCUGGGCCCGCCGCCGCCCGCGCCCACCUGGUCUGGCACGAGACUCGCGGACACCUUCGCACCAGUCUGCCCACAACGGUAUCCCGACAUAUCCAACAAGACGGCGGCGCUGUCCAAGAUGCCGCUGGGCGUGUACAAGGAGCUGCGCGCCACCAUCCCGCUGCUCGCCAACCAGAGCGAGGACUGCCUCUACCUCAACAUAUACGUGCCCGGUAGCGGCGCGCGCGGCGUGGAGGCGCCGUACGCGGUGGUGGUGUGGGCGGGCGCGGCGCACGAGUGGGGCUCCGGCAACGCGCUGGACGGCGCGGCGCUCGCGGCGCGCGGCCGCCUGCUCGUCGUCACGCUCAACUACAGGGUGGGCCUGCUGGGGUACCUGACGUCGGGCGCGGCGGGCGACGAGGCGGCGCGCUGGGGCGGCGCGGCGGCGCUGGACGUGGCGGCGGCGCUGCGCUGGGCGCGCCGCAACGUGGCGGCCUUCGGCGGCGACCCCGCGCGCCUCACGCUCGCCGCGCACGCGCACGCCGCCGCGCUCGCCAACCUGCUGCUCAUGCUGCCGCUCGCCAGAGGGCUGGUGACGCGCGCGCUGCUGCUGAGCGGGUCGGCGCUGAGCGCGUCGUCGCUGGCGCCGGACGCGGCGCUGGCGCGCGAGCACGCGGCGCGGGCGCUGCGCUGCGCACGCGACGGCGACCACUGGCUCACAGAAUGUAUCCGGUCGCGUCCGCUGGCGGCGCUGCUCGCUGUGGAGCCUCCCCGCGCGCGCUUCCUGGCGGGCUGGGCGCCCUCGCUGCCCGCGCGCGACGUGUGGGGCGCGGGGGCCCCGGGGGGCCCGGCCGGCGCGGGGGGCGCAGGGGGGCCUGCGGGGGGCCCGGGGGGCGCGGCGCGUGCGCUGCACGCCAGCGAGGUGUUCCUGAACUGCGCGCUGGCGGUGGUGGUGGCGACCACUGAGAGCUAUCACUUCUUCAACGAAGACGAGAUCAGACACGGCUUCGAGGAGGAGCAUAGGAGCCGCAUCCUCCGCACGUACGUGCGCAACGUGUACCGCUGGCACCGCAACGAGAUCUUCGCGGCGGUCCGCAACGAGUACACGGACUGGGAGAAGCCCAUCCAGCACCCCAUCAACAUCCGCGACGCCACGCUGGAGGCGCUCAGCGACGCGGCGGCGGCGGCGCCCGCGCUGCGCCUCGCCGCGCUGCACGCCGCGCGCGGCGCGCGCACCUUCCUCGCGCACUUCGCGCACGCCGCGCGCUCGCCCGACUACCCGCAGCGGCUGGGCAGCGUGACGAGCGACACGCUGCCGUACUUCCUGGGGCUGCCGCUGCUGGCCGGCAACUACUCGCGCGCGGACGCCGCCGUCGCCGACACCGCCGUCUCGCUGCUCGCCGCCUUCGCCAAGACGGGGGACCCCUCGCCCGGGGACCCCCCGCGCGACCCCCCGCGCGACCCCCCGCGCGACCCCCCACGCGACCCCCCCGCCUGGCCGCGGUACGACCUGAACACGCAGCAAUACUUGAGUAUAGGGUCGAAGCUGCGCGUGAAGAGCCACUACCGCGGGCACAAGCUGGCGCUGUGGCUGCACCUGCUGCCGCAGCUGCACCGCGCCGGCGCCGCGCCGAGACACCACCGCUUCCGCGCGCCGACACCCGACAUGUUCGCAGGUGAGAUUUUUCCCGAGCUGUACACUACACCGUCUUUGGAAGACGACGAGAGUACAGAAGAGCAAGAGUCAGAAGCGGAAGAGUGCUCGCCGUCGCCGCCGGCGCGGCCCGCGCUCGCCGCGCCGCGCGACACUCAGGCGCCGCCCAAGGAAGACUCGCUCACAACCUUAGAUAAUCAAUAUUACAGCUACACGGUGGCGCUGGCGGUGACGGUGGGCGCGGGCUGCUUCCUGCUGGCGCUCAACCUGCUCGUGUUCGCCGGCAUAUACCUGCAGAGGGGGAAGCGGAGGAACAACCGACGCCCUAGAAGAGAAGGAAGCGGUCAUCGGACCCCCGGCCCCCUGAGCCUGUCCGGGGCCCCCGGGACCCCCAGCACCCCUAGCACCCCCAACACCCCCAACACCCCCAAGAGCGCCGCCACCCCCCGCGCGGGCGCGCCCGUCGCGCUCGCGUCCGUCGGAAAGAGCUCGCUCAAGCAGCGAGGCAGAACUAAAAGAGAGGCCGAACUCCGCGCCGCCCAAAAAACGCGUUCAAAUCCAAGAGAUCUCAGUGUAGAUGACUUU